CAUUUCAUUUUUAACAGCCCCUGCUCUGCAGCAAGUUGGCAGAUAAUGCUUCUGAUUUUUGGUUGGCAUUGCCCCUAGUUCAAGCAUUGCUUCCAGCACUUCGUCCUAGUAUCAACAGUAGUGACCCAAUUGAUGAAGAUUUGUCUCUGUGGAAACAACCUUUUGUACAGAAAGCUCUGUCCCAGAUUGUUGGGACUUCGUCUUCAUCAGUUUAUCGUCCUCUGCUUAGUGCUUGUGCAGGUUACCUAUCAUCAUUUUCACCAUCAAAUGGGAGGGCUGCAUGUGUGCUCAUUGAUCUUUGCUCUGGUGUAUUGGCUCCAUGGAUGCCUCAAGUGAUAGCCAAGAUCGACUUAGCACUUGAGCUUUUGGAGGACCUUUUGCCUGUAAUCCAGGGCACCCACCACUCAUAUGCUCGUGCACGUGCAGCCCUUAAAUAUAUUGUCUUAGCUUUAUCUGAGGUUAUGGAUGAUAUUUUGGUCAAAUAUAAGGAUGCUAAGCACCAAGUGCUUUUUCUUGUUGAGAUGCUAGAACCGUAUCUCGAUCCUGCAAUAACCCCUGCACAGAGCAUUAUAGCCUUUGGGAACGUUUCUUCAGUUGUCCUUGAAAAUCAAGAGAAAAAUUGUGCUAUUGCGUUAAAUGUGAUUCACACAGCUGUACUCAAGCCUGCUGUCCUUCCCUCUCUGGAAGCUGAGUGGAGGCACGGAUCAGUUGUUCCAAGUUAAUAGAAGGAUGCACAAGUCUUUCUUGAAACAUUGAGUUUCUUUGUUGGAACUACUUCAUUCUAUGUCCUGUUUUAUAAUUCAGAACUUAGCCCCUCUUGAUUCUGCACUGUUUUGAUUUUAUGACUGAUUUUUUUAGCAUGUUCAAAUACUUUACUUCCUUUUUGGGGCUUGUAUCAGUUAAUUGAUGUAACAGUGCCAUUAAUUGCUUUUGUAUCCUGUUUUAUGUAAUGCCAGCUUUUGAAAGUUGCGAAAUUGCAA